CGGGACUAUCUCAUCAUAGUAGCCUGCCCUUUUUAUCCGGUCCGCCCGGUGUACUUCUGCUACUUCUGUCUGGCGCGUUUCUUGUGCGAUUGGCAUUAGUGGAAUCUUGCCGGUGUGAAAGUGAUUCGACGUUUUCUCCCCUACCUACUAGAUCUGAACUAUCACGACAGCGUGUUGAUAAAUUACAUAGAAGAUACACAGCAGAACUUAAAAAAUGGAACAUUUGAAAACAUUUCUGAUAAUUUCUUCUAUCACAAUAUUUAUUGACAAUAAGUUCAUAGAGUCAGCCCCGACGACACCUCCUGCUAGGGGAACGGUAGACUUUAUUAAGUACGCCUACAACCUAAACAGUUCUCAGCCCGCCUACUGGUCGUCACCUGAAGACUUGGUCAACUUCACAAUAGUCGAUGUGGAUGACGCAACGGAAGACGCUAUUCGAAAUUUAGUGUCCGGCACUUGGGACAAAGACCUUGUGGGUAAGGGCGACGACGGACGUAAUUUGAACCAGACGGCCAUCACUGUACUCAACGUGAAACGAAUUGAGAACCCUUCUCUCUUCUCUAAGUAUAACGCCAAGCGAAAAGAAAUCCUGUUAUCCAGAUUUAGCGGGGUAGCCCCAGACGUGGCUAGUCUGGCAGGGUCCAGAGGCGGCAUCUCUACCACCCAGCUUCUCUCCCAGGCAAUGAAGGACGCUGUGUACGCCGAGGUCAAUGAGCAUUACUUCUUUCAUGGGACGAAGGUCCAGUACGUCAACAGCCUGGCCCUGAGCGGGUUCAUCAUGAGCUAUGCAGGUCUUGGGCAGUUUGGCCGAGGAAUUUACGGAGCAGAGAGGUCAACAAAAUCUGACCAGUACACAGAUGCUACUGGCGAUGUUCAGAAUAUGUUACUGGUCAGAAUGACAUUGGGUAAUAUCUAUCUUGUUAACGACACAGAGAAAAGACUAGCUAUUCGUAAUGCAAGUCUGCCUCCAGAUGUGGACAAUAACGGCCAGCCUGCUAACUAUAACUCUGUCAUGUCUGACUUCAGAGACGACGUUCUUGGAGUGUUCAGGGAGUUCAUCAUCUACAAUGAAACUCAAUUCUACCCAGAAUACAUCAUUGAGUACAAGAGAAUGUCAGGAACCAAUGGAGGUUCCUCUUCUAGCACAGUUAUUUUUUCUUUAUUCAACUUUAUAGUACCUCUAGUUGUAUUAAAUCUAUUAUAAGUUAAAUUUCCAUAUUCUUCCUAUUUUUUUGUUUUAUUGAAAAGUUUACAUUUAAUAUUUUAAAAAAAUAAUAAAAAAUAAACAGAAGUAUCAUUUAAAUCAGCAAAUAAUAAGGUAGUAAUUUUUUUUUCACAAAAAUUCUACACUUACAUUUUUUUUUGGUCUUAUUUUUAUUGUGUGCAUGUUAGUCAGGAUAAGUUAUAUUACAAUUGGUAAACAACUUUUUAUUGUCUAGGAUGUACUUCAUGUUAGGUCUAUUGGACCAAUACUAAUUGGCGCUUUGAAAUGUUUGUGCUAAGAUGUUGAGCUAAUAAAUACAUUGGAGUUAAAUUUCAUGAUUUUUAGUUAUUUAACUUCACAUAUACACCAGAGAACUUUCCUUUAUAAAUAAAGAUUAUUAGUUACUAGCCCAAAUUCCACACUCAGGGUUAAUAGCGAGUAGAGUUCAAACAAGGAACUCUAGGACCAGGUACUUAGUUACAUAGUUCAGUCUGCUUUAAUGAAUUAAGGACAUUGUUGUGGAAAGCAAUCCAUGUACCAGACCAUCCAAUAAACACUGGAAAAAAAAAUCAGAAGAAAUUGAAGAGUUACACUAGCUUGAAAGUUCCAAGCAUCAUGAACUUGGCAAUGACAAUCUUAUCUGUUGAAGUUAUGAGAUCAUUAAAAACAUUUUUAAAGCCUUAACUUUAUUGGUAAUUAAUCUGUUUGUGUGCUAUAGUGGAUGUCUAUAACUAGUUUAAUCGCAGUAAUGUUUCUACUUUAGAUAUUAAAAAAAAAAAAUAUUAAUAUUUAAAAAAAAUGCCUUUAAAGAAUAAAAUAGAGAAAGAUACAAGAGAUAGAUAUCUGGUCAUGUGGUAUGAGUUUUGGACAAGUGUCACAAUGCUUCCAGAGUUCAAAGCUUCUCUGCAAGUAUUCUCUGCUAUCAUGCAUGAGGUUUGGGCUAAGAUAUCUUUAUUCUUAUAUUUAACAAAAAAAAGACUUCAACUUACAAAUUAUAAAAAAGUGUACAAAAGGGAAUAAUUGGUUUAAAUUCAUUAAUACUUCCAUAUUUUUACACCAAUAACAACAACAUGGUAGCUUUUAUAAGACUUGCCUCCUUUGAUGAUAGUUCUCGUAGAACAUCGUUCACUGUAACCCUUUCCCCUAAAAAUACAAUUUCUAUGUAUAUCCUUCGAUCUUUAUGUAUUUUAAAUUCUAACAAUAUACUUAUUCAAACGUGGAAAGUGUAUAUAAAAGAUCACUGUCACCAUUUAAAAUUCUGACUUGUGAUUGAUGUUAAGCGUAUUUCCAAUUUAAUUUUAUAUUGAUGGCUUGUUUUAUAUUGUUUUGUUCAAAAUUAACAUAUUUAUAAUGUAUUAGGAAAUAUGUUCAGGUUUAUUAUGUUAUGAAUGUAACAUAUAACAUUAACAUCUAUACAAUGAUUGCUUUCUUGACUUACAUGUACAAUCAGUUUUUGUAUGUUUAGUUUUAUUUAUUGAAUAAAUACAGUUUUAUUUUAAUAUACACAUAUACUUUUUUGUUUAUUUAUCAAAAUAUUGUUAUUCGGAAAGUCUCUCACUAUGUCUCAUCACCAUCAUCAACAUUAAACUCCAUUUGAGUAGGCCUAUAAAUAUAUAUAAUAUAGAUAUAACAUAUGUUACAUAUAGGCAACAUGUGCAUAUUGUUUGUUGAUUUUAACUUACGUAUGUUAGCAUUAUUUCCACAUAUAAAUAGCAUUAUGUCUGAUUAGUGUCAGUUUUUUAAAGAUGUAUACUCUAGUUAUAUGUCAAAAUAUAUUUAUUAUUGUAUCUUAAAUUAUAUACAAUGUUUCAUAAUUAGAUGUCCAUAUGGCCAAUGUUAACCUUCAAAAUUAUGUAUGUUUGGCAUCAUAGCCAUAUCUUUAUACAAGAAGCCAAUUAAUAAAUAUUACUUGUAAAGUAUAAAUGAAAUAAACAGUUAAUGACAUCAUAUUGUACAUGUGACUAAUUGUACCUCAUUUCCAUUUUAAGUCCUAUAAUAUUGUCAUCUAAAAGUUCAAUACCAUUAUUUAAAAUAUUUGCUCAACUUUUGAAUUAUUAUUUUCAGUGCCAGUACAUUUAAAUCAGUGGUGUAGCUAGGGUUGGGAUAAGUAGCUGUCCAAAAUUAAGGUUCAGUAGGGCCCCCACUGGAGGGGGCCCUCCAAAUGAUUUUCUGAAAUGUGUUUUUACAUUAAAUAUUAAGCCAUUAUCCCAUGUCAUGAUUUUGAAUGUCAAAAUGCAGGGGCCCCUAAAGCGGUCAAGCCCUGGGGCCCCCAAAUCCCUAGCUAUGCCACUGAUUUAAAUUAUUAUUUUAUAAAUUAAAUGAAAUGCUUACAAUAAAAAUUGUUAAUAUCAAG